AGCGUUUUGAACUCGGGAUGACGUCAGCGAGCGACCAACUCGAGGAAGUUGGAAGUUUGUGACAGUACGACUCUUGUUUUUAGCGACAGUUUUAAUUCACGUAAAGAAACCGAACAGGCAAAAGUAUUGUUUUUGUAUGUAUUAUUUUAAGAAGGCGGCCGUGUAGACAAACUUUGUGUUCCUUGAAGAAGGAGGACAGACAGGACGUAAAGUCGCCACACAUCACUGACUAACGAUGUUAGCGUCGAGCCUACUUGGGAAUUACUGCGCCGAACUCCAUGAUGACCAAGCGAAUAAAGUGGACAAAUACCUGCACCAUCUUCAGCUGUCUGAUGAGACUUUGAUGGACGUGUCAAUAAGAUUUCGAAGGGAGAUGGACAAAGGCCUGUGCAGAGACACCAACCCUACAGCUGCCGUCAAGAUGCUGCCCACUUUUGUGCUCUCCACUCCCGAUGGAACAGAACAAGGUGAAUUCCUGGCCCUCGACCUUGGUGGAACCAACUUCCGAGUGCUCCUGGUCAAAGUUAUGGCUGAUGGCAAGCAAAAGGUUGAGAUGGAAGAUCAGAUUUAUGCCAUUCCUGAACACAUCAUGAGAGGCAGCGGGUCUGAGUUAUUUGACCACAUAGCUGAUUGUCUGGCUAAUUUCCUGGAGAAGUUGGGCAUGAAGAAUAAAAAGCUUCCUCUGGGCUUUACCUUUUCUUUUCCCUGUAAGCAGACCAAGUUGGAUGAGAGUGUUCUGGUGUCUUGGACCAAAGGCUUCAGGAUAAGUGGAGUAGAAGGACAGGAUGUGGUCAGCCUCCUGAGGAAAUCCAUCAAAAAACGAGGGGAUUUUGACGUUGACAUUAUGGCAGUUAUCAAUGACACAGUGGGAGCCAUGAUGACCUGUGGCUACGAUGAUCGUCAUUGUGAAAUUGGCCUUAUUGUGGGAACGGGGACCAAUGCCUGCUACAUGGAGCAGAUGAGGAAUCUUGAGCUGCUGGAUGGUGACGAGGGGCGGAUGUGUGUUAAUACGGAGUGGGGCGCUUUUGGAGAUGAUGGUGCCCUUGAGGAUCUGCGCACUGACAUCGACCGGGAAAUAGAUGCAGGCUCUCUCAACCCUGGAAAGCAGCUGUUUGAGAAGAUGAUCAGUGGGAUGUACAUGGGAGAACUUGUACGUCUCAUCCUGGUGAGAAUGGCCAAAGCGCAGCUGCUGUUCCAGGGAAAGACGACAGCAGAGCUCCUUACCACUGGAAGCUUCAACACCAGCUACAUCUAUGCCAUCGAGAAUGACAAAGACGAGGAAGGUGUGGCGAGUGCUGAGAAGGUGCUCCGGGGCCUGGGUCUGGACCCGUCUCUAGAGGACUGCAUAGCCACUCGGAGGGUGUGUCAGAUAGUAUCUACACGGGCCGCACACUUAUGUGCUGCCACCCUAGUGGCUUUACUUCGGCAGAUCCGGGAUAACAAAGCAGCUGAGAAGCUGCGUGCCACUAUUGGAGUGGAUGGCUCUGUCUACAAAAAUCAUCCAGAGUUUCACAGGAGGCUCAACAAAAUGGUACGGCGACUUGUGCCUGACUGCGAUGUGCGUUUUUUGAGGUCUGAGGUUGGCAGUGGGAAAGGUGCAGCCAUGGUAACAGCUGUAGCCUACCGUCUUGCUGCUCAACAUGCAGAGCGUCAGGGCAUCCUUGACACCCUGCGUUUGAGUCGUGAGCAGCUGCUGGAGGUGAAGAAGCGAAUGAGUGAGGAGAUGGUGCGAGGCCUGUCGAAGCAAACCUAUGAACAGGCGACUGUGAAGAUGCUUCCCACCUAUGUCCGGUCCACACCGGAUGGAACAGAGCAUGGCGACUUCUUGGCUUUGGACCUUGGGGGCUCCACUUUUAGGGUGCUGCUGGUGCGAGUACGAAGUGGAAAGAGACACAAAGUAGAUAUGCACCACAAGAUCUACAGUAUCCCACAGGAGACCAUGCAGGGCACAGGGGAAGAGCUUUUCAGCCAUAUUGUGUACUGCAUCAGCGACUUUCUGGAAUAUAUGGGCAUGAGAGGAGCAUCCUUACCUCUGGGAUUUACAUUCUCCUUCCCCUGUCAACAAAGCAAACUGGAUCAGGGCAUUCUUCUGAACUGGACCAAAGGCUUCAAAGCUAGCGGCUGUGUGGGAGAGGAUGUUGUUACAUUACUCAAAGAUGCUGUCCGCUGCAGAGGGGAAUUUGACUUGAACUUUGUGGCAGUGGUUAAUGACACGGUGGGAACCAUGAUGACUUGUGGCUAUGAGGAUCCCAAAUGUGAGGUGGGACUCAUUGUAGGCACAGGGACCAAUGUCUGCUACAUGGAGGAAAUGCAGAACAUAGAAGUGGUGGAGGGUGAUGACGGUCGUAUGUGUGUCAACAUGGAGUGGGGUGCAUUCGGUGACAAUGGCGAACUAGAUGACUUCUUUACCCAGUUUGAUCGCUUUGUCGAUGAUUGCUCUAACAACCCUGGGAAACAGAGGUAUGAGAAGAUGAUCAGUGGCAUGUACCUGGGAGAAAUAGUGAGGAAUGUUCUAAUGGAUUUUACAGCUAAGGGCCUGCUGUUCAGAGGCAAACUGUCUGAUCGACUCAAGACCCGGGGCAUCUUUGAGACAAAGUUCUUGUCACAGAUUGAGAGUGACCGCCUGGCCAUGCGACAGGUCCGCUCCAUUCUGCAGCACCUGGGUCUCACUAGCUCCACAUGUGACGACAGUGUACUGGUGAAGGAGGUGUGUAGUGUGGUCUCCCGCCGUGCAGCCCAGCUCUGUGGUGCUGGUUUAGCUGCUGUGGUUGACAAGAUACGACAGAACCGCAACCUGCAGCAGCUCUCCAUCACCGUGGGAGUAGACGGCACCCUCUAUAAGACGCACCCUCAUUUCUCCAGUAUCAUGCAAGAGACAUUGCAGGAUUUGGCACCACAGUGUAAGGUGACUUUCCACAAGUCAGAAGAUGGAAGUGGGAAGGGAGCAGCAUUGAUCACUGCAGUGGCCUGCAGGAUCAAGAGUGGAGGGCAGCACUGAAUCCCUGUUGGUGGACAGGUGGAACCAGAGCCACUAUCACUGAUCUUAUAUACCAGGUUACACUGAAUAGUUAGUUGAAUACACCUUGGUCAUAUUAAGUUCUGCAGUACUGAAAUGUUUAAUCUGAAUUAUUUUGUGUUUGUGGGUUGAACAUGCACAUAUGAGAAAUGCAUAGUUAUGGUGUGAGCUGAGAAAAAUUACCUUCAGAAAUGACAGUUUGUGUGCAAGAAGAGUUGCACCUUUUGUGAAAUGUGACUUACAAACCGUGGGGCUCAUUUUUUAUUCUCAAACUCCCAGGUUUCCUCUUAGCUUGAAUGAUGGCUGUGACCUGUGUUGAGUUUCUAAACAUCUGCAGAAGUAAAGUUUAUUUAUACAGCUCCCUUAAACAUCAAAUAUCACAAAGUGCCACACAAUAAAAGACAAAAGCACAAAAUAAAAUUGAGCUAAAAGAAAAUUCUAGGAAGUCGGAGCCACUACUGGGCGGUAGAAGAAAAUCGGAAUGCUAAAAAAACACAAUUUCAUUUGUAAAUGAUCUGGGCAACAAAAAUGAUUUUUACAUUUAUAUGUUCUUCCAUAAUGCUUUUUAUAGUUGAGCUCCAUCCUGUUAUAAACCAGAAUAAAAUGGUGCUAGUUUGGAGUAUACUGUAGUCAAUUAGAAAUGACUACAGUAUACUCCCGACUAACACUGACAAAGACCAAAUAUAUAAUUAAAACCAAAGCUUAUACAUAUGUUAUUUCAGCACAGGUCUAAAGUCUCCUGUCAUAUGGUCUAAUGACUGUAACAAACUUAUUCUGAUACAAUGAAAAAAGAAAGAUGUACCAAAAUUAAACAGUACAUUCUGUACAUAUAUUUGACGAAACUUACAUUUGACAAAACACAUAGACCCUUAAUUGCUUACCUGGAGGGGAAGUUAAAUAAACCACAUUGGUCAAAAUGUAAAGGGCCAGGAUUAGUGGAACUCCUGGGGCCGGGUGGUUGUGGGAAUAGAGGGUAAAUGGGGUUUGGUUCUACUCUUUAUAGCCUUGUUUGUGUUAUUUUAUUUAUUUUUUUUCCUUUGUAUUAAAUUAAUUUGUUUUGUCUUUUUUGGAUAUUGCAUUGUUUGAAGAAAAGGAAAGUGGACUUUAAUCUAUGGAACCUGGUGGUUCUGCAAAUGUCUGUAAAGGUCUGUAGCUUCAGAGAGAAAUUCAGAUGAUUAACAAGUCAGAGGGUAGUUCAGUUGUGAUAAUCUGUUGCUUUCCUUGAAAUAAUGUUUUGUUAAAGCCAUAAACGACAUCCAGUGGUACAAUCACAACAGUCAGUCUUUGUUUGUGGAACAUAUGUUUUUUUGGAAGAAAUGUUAUUAAGAUUUGCACCAAUACCAAAAAUAUCCCAAUACUAUAUCCAAUGGCAAAAUGUUUUUACCCCACUGAUUACACCAUAAUGUUUGAUUCAAAUCUUUUCGCUGUGAUCUGAAAUUAAAACUGAAAUUUUUCUUUUUGUUCUGUUGUUUUUUUUUGUUCAGUUGUUUGACCAUGUCUGAUUUAGUCAUUAUUAGGAUGCCUGCUUUGCAAUGAAAAGGCACACUUAUCCUCCAUACUUAUUAUUCUUAUUUUUCUUCAUAUUCUGUAUAAAAUUUUGGCAAGUUACGUUUUAUGACAUUUUUGGACACUCUUUGUCCAGACCUAGAAUGUGUGAUGUUGAAAAUUGCACCAAUCUUUUUUAUUAUCAUCUUACUCCCACAGCUUCCACUCUACAAUUCUACUUAUAGUGCUGCUUUCAUAAAUAAUUUCAUCAACCAAAGACUGUCACAAUAAAGUUGACCUUGAAAUCUUA